UAUUAGGGGAAUGUCAGCAUACCGCUGUAUUGUGUAGAGUAGAAACGCAUGCGUCUGUAUUUUAUUGCGACAACAAAAAUAAUAUAAAUUGUCCAAGCCAUGUGUCUUGUGCUCUUUCUUACAAAAUGUAAUAAAUCCACAGUAAAGAAAUGUCUAAAAAAACACACUAGUGAAUAAACCACUCUGGGUCCAAGGAAUUGUAGAAGAAAUCUAGUAUGUGGAGUGCCGUAGUGCCUGCCGAUGUUGAAAGUCCAGCUCCUUCGGCACGGUCUAAACACAGUGCUACCAUAGUUGGGGAAAAUAUUUACCUCUUAGGCGGGCGAAAUGGUAAUUUACCCAUGAAAGAUUUCUGGAGAUAUAAUCUGAUAACCGGCAAAUGGCACUUACUGAAAUCCACCGGUGACAGACUUCCAGCAUUGCAAGAACACUCAACUGUUGCGUAUAGAAAUUGUCUUUACGUGUUCGGAGGCGAAGUCGGCUUUUCAGCGGGAACUGAAACUCCUCUGUGGUGCUAUGACAUCAAAACCAACAACUGGAAGAAAAUCAGAAACAAAAAAGGCGUCAUGACGCCAAAAGGCCGUCGAGGGCACACAGCUUUAGUCCAUCGCGACCAAAUGCUUCUAUAUGGAGGCUAUCAGGACCUACGAGGGUCCUGUAGUGAAUUGUGGGCUUUCCAUUUUGAAACUGAGUCUUGGCACUUAUUAUCGACCACACCAAAGAAUGCCAACAUCGAGUCGCUUCCACCCCCGCGUCAUAAACACUCGGCUGUUAUUCAUGAUGAUUCCAUGUGGGUGUAUGGCGGAAUGACUGACUUACAGGAAAGAGGAGAUUUGUGGAAGUGGGAUACGCAUUCCAAGUCUUGGACUUUUAUUAAAACUAAGAUCAAUCCGGGGCCCUUGCACAGUCAUGCCGUCUGUAAGCUUCCGUCUUCGAUGCUGCUCUUUGGAGGGGAAAGAGGUGGACACCCUACAAAUGAAUUGUGGAAAUUCAGUUUUGCAACCGAAACUUGGGAAAAAAUCAUCACAUCUGGUGCCAAGCCGCAACCGCGGUCCGAAAGCGUUGCCUUCUCCGUCUCGGAUUUCUCCGUAAACGAAUCCGCCGUCACCGAGAAAGCCGUCCGUCUCCGUUCCCGGACUUGCAUCUCCGCCGACCGCACCAAUCGCCACUCGUCCUACCUCCCCAACAACCGGAUCGCCCCCUACGAGAAAACCUACAUUUUUCGCCCUUCUCACACCAACUACACCGACGGCAGCGAUCCCACUCACACCAUCGAAGAGAAAAAGAGCUUCUUGCAAGAAAUCUCCAAAAUCUCCCAAAUUUCCAAAAUCAACAAAUGCAGCUACACCGUAUUGACCGGCUGCACGACGGACAGCACCGAGAGCCUCCUCAAACAGCACGCAAGCCCGCAUUUCGACGAAACCGAAGCAAUUCCUUCCAAAAACGCAAUGGUCAAGUCAAAAUCCGCGUACGUGAUCAAGAAGAAAGUCCAAGUGGAGAGCGAGACGAUAACGCGAGAGCCGAUUUCAGUACCAAAUUUCUCGGUUUUGACUCUGCCAACUCCAGUUCUGACACCAGUCGAAGCGGCGAAAUUGGUGUAUUUGGACACCGAUGAUGAAAAUGAGAUUCUAAACGAAAAGUGCGAGUUUGAUAAACCUGUUCUGAAUCCCCCUAAAAGAGGCGAAAGCUACAGCUCGCACCUGGGCUACGCCGACAACCCUCUCUACCAACACAUGAUGAAACUGAGCGAAAAAGAGAACAUUUCGUCCACUUCCGACUAUGCCAGCAUUGAGACAAUGAACCGACUCUCCUCAGCCAGUAAUUACAGCGUCAAGACUAACACAGCACCAGAAGAGCCCAAAAACCUGGAAAAAGACGGCCCUUUUGGUUUUUGCAACCCCAAUUAUUUGGGACCCGACAUCAAAGCGUUACUAGAUCCAAGCGAGAAGAAGCAGAUUUCCAAGCUAUUGACCCACCCUGAAAACAAGGAUUCCGAAGAGAAUCUUUUGGAGCUGCAGGAGUACAAGAAUGCGAAAGUGUAUUUUAGGGCUUCGACGCGACUUCCAUCCGAGUCCCAUCGCAGCAAAGAGGCGAAACGAAGGGCACAUAGUGCCGGAAGGGCCGACAGCCACAAGGUUGAUAAAAACGAGGCCGAUUUUGACCGGAUUAUUGAUUUUGUUCCAUUGUAUGUCUAUGUCAUUGGAGGGAAAGAGCAUGGGCAAGUUACGAUUUUUCGGAGGCCGAUCUCGAUGUGGAAAUUAAACCUGUUCUAAUUUUUUUGCAAUAGACGUGCCAAAGUUAGAGUUCCAGGAGUUAGAUUUUCUACCUUUUCUAAUAGUUUAGUUUAGAUAGAAAUAAAAUGAGAAAUUCGUCCAAUACGUUGUGAUCAAGUUUAAUAAGAAGAGUCACUAUUUUCGGACGAAAGCCUUGUAGAUUUAGUCGAAAGUGCAAUAUAUUUUCAAAUUUCGAAUCGUAUCUAGUUUGUUUGACACAACUACGGAUAACUACAGGUUAGGAAAUGAAACGGCGUACAGAUAAAACGUUCUUGUCGUCUAUAGUUCCGUUAUUGUCGCCUGAGAGCGCACUUGUUCCAUUACCGUCUAAGUUUUCAGAGCAAUGAAUUUGAAAAAAAUGGUUCGACUUGUGUAACGGUUAAGACAUAGCAAACUAAAAAGUACAAGCAGAUAGAGCAAUAAAUUCUCAAUGGUAAGACAUAAACGUAAUGCAAAAAAUUAAUCGUAGACUAUAUUUUAAAAAAUUCAAACUUUUACAAUUUGCACUGUGUGCAAUAUUCUUCAAAACGCUACGAAUAUGGUUACAGAUGCAAGAAAAAUGUUAGGAAGAAAGUUGUAGAAAAUUAUGUUUCCUACAAAAAUUUCUGCAAGACCAUAUCCCCGUCUUCAACGGUCGUUCAAAAAUGCUCAAGCGACGGAUUUGCUUUAUUGUACCGGUGGUCAAGUAUUGGAAAGUUAAUUUUUACCUAACCGUUGAAGAUAGAACAUGGUGUCGCAAACUUUUUGUAAAAAAAAAUAAUUCUCUACAACUUUGUUUUUCCAUUUUUUCUACCGAAUUCGCAGCGUUCGCAAAAAUAUAAGGGUGAACGCAAAUUGAUAAUUGUAAGCGAUAAUUCUUUACGCGUCAUCACAUAUUUUUCAAAACACUGGGAAUACGACUGAAGAUUCAAAAAAUGUAAGGAAUAAAGUUGUAGACCAAUAAAAAAGUCCGCGACACCAUACUUUUAUCUUCUUAGUUUAAUUUCAUUUAAAUUUAAUUCUACUAAUCCACAAAUUUAUUCAUAACGUUUUUCUUGUAUUUUUAACCAUAUUCGCAGCAUUUUGAAAAAUACGGGACAUAGGGCAAAUUUUAAAUUUUAAAUAAUUUUUUUGUCAUGUUUCUUACGAAAAUUAAACAGUAAGUUAAGAGUACAAAGCUCAACAUUUCUGCAUUUUUUUCUAAGUAAUUAGUGAAGUGGUUGGAUUUAAAUUAAUUUAAAACGAUUUGGCGCCGAAACGGUAUAACGCUCGAAGCGCUCUCAUUUUUACAUUGCCGUACUAUUUUUUUGGGUUCAGAAAAUCCUGCGUUUUUGUAUUUCGAUUCAUCUCCUAAAUUAUAGUUCUCCGUAGACACAACUGAGGGGUCUAUUUUCAUAUUUAAUUAAGGAAUUAGAAACAGACCUCUCGAUUAAGACUAUUGAAGAAAUUCAAUUUGAGUGGCCCUUGAUUUAUGUUUUUAGGCUAGUAAUUGUUCAGUCAUACCAACAAACAACGUCACGGUCCACUCAUAAUGAAUUUAUUUGUCAUGUUACCAAACACCUACAAGCCAACUGUAAGUACAACUAAAGACAUAAUUGUAGAAUUAGAAAUUUUGUCGUUUUAUCUAAUUACGUGUAAUGUAAUUUUGAGUUUGAUUAUAUUUUUCUGUAGAAAAUUUGUUGUUGAAGUUGUUCUUUGUAUAGUCCAAAUAAUAAAACUUUGUAGUGAAUGUUCUAUCGAA